GCCCGGAAGCCGCUAUAAAAGAGGUCGGGAUUAGGGCUCUUUCUCUCAGCAGCCGCGCUUCCGAACUGUGAUUCUAAAACUAGGGUUUUUGAAGAGCGGAAGAUGGGCCACACCAACGUCUGGAAUUCUCAUCCGAAGAGCUACGGCCCUGGAUCACGCACCUGCCGAGUUUGCGGAAACCCACAUGGGUUGAUCAGGAAGUAUGGGCUUAUGUGCUGCAGGCAGUGUUUCCGCAGCAACGCCAAGGAGAUUGGCUUCAUCAAGUACCGCUAAGAAGACAAGUACUGGGUAGACGAUUUUGGUAGAUGGAAUCCAAUGGAGGCAGAAAAGGCAAAUAUUUUUGAGUAUCUGUUUAGUUGGGACUUGUUUUCUACAACAUGCUUAAAAACUAUCUGGGUGGGGUUGUUUGCAUACCCCAAACAUGCAGGAACUUGCAUACUUAUCUGAGGAUCUUAUAGGUUGCUUUCUCUAAAUAUUUAAUGAUGCCUCUUCUAAUUUAGAAA